CAGUGCGAACACGUUGUUCGGUGCACAUGGAUGCUCGCGCGCGAAUACAUCGCAUCAUCGAUGCAUCAUCGGUGAUAUCGUAUAAUGCACGUUGAACCGUCGACAAUUCGAGUUGGAUAUUUUUCAACGUCCAUGAUAUUACUUUUACUCCGGGAAAAAUAAUAUAAUGUCCGUGCCGGUAUCGUAACGCGUCCCCCACGUUCUUUUGUGCGGGUGUUUUUCUCCGUUUUCAAUAAACAUUGUUUUUCGCGUUGUCGGAAAAAUUGAACCCAUGAAGUUUUCCACCGGUGGCCGCAAGGAUUCGUAUUCCUUGGACAGACGCAGGCGACAGCAGUCUGACGGACAACUUUAUUGUCAACAUGUUCGAACAUGUGCCACCACUGGUCAUCACAAAACCAAAUGUGCGACUCAAGAUUUGUUUGAAUUACUCGAAAGGGUCCAGAGUAAUCGAUUGGAUGAUCAAAGAUGUGUUCUACCGCCGUACUUCGCUCAAACGUCUAGAGAUGAACGGCAGACUAGCGCGCCCGAAGCUGCGGGAAAUGGGUCCCGAGAACUUUUAGAGGAGACUUUAAAAGGUCCUAAACCGUAUCCCAAUAUUGUUUUACCGAUCGGUGGUGGAUUCUGGAUCGAUGGCCAAGAUCAAAAUGAAUACGAACCCACUGCUUCCAGCGGAGCCGGUUCGUGGAAUAAUAAAAUUGAGACAGAUGACACGGCAAAAGCUUAUCGAAGAUACUACAUGGGAAGGGAACACUUCAACUUCAUCGGCACGGAUGAUCAACUAGGACCGGUUCUAUUGAGCGUAAAAUCGGAAAGCCUAGCUUCCCAGGAGCAAACGCGACUUUUGCUACGACUACGGACUGGCACCACGCAUGAAUUGGUGCCUUCAACUUGCGCCACAUCGGCACCUCAUCACAUGGCUAAGCUGUUGAACGAUCAGCUUACUAUUACCAAACUGUCUCCCGUAUUGAGUUGUAAAGCAUCGGAACUGAUUGCGGCCUAUGACGAACACGUGCUUGUGUCGCAUUUUAAAUUCGGUGUAUUGUACCAAAAGUAUGGCCAGACUAGCGAAGAAGAAUUAUUUUCCAAUCAACAUACCUCACCUGCAUUCGAUCAGUUCCUCCAGCUGCUCGGUCAACGAAUACAGCUGAAAGACCAUAAAGGAUACCGAGGAGGCUUAGACACGCAGUUUGGUCAAACUGGUGACGAAGCCGUUUACCAAGUAUUCAAAGACAGAGAGAUUAUAUUCCACGUAUCUUCUUUGCUACCAUACACUGAACACGAUCCUCAACAAUUGCAAAGGAAAAGGCAUAUCGGUAAUGACAUCGUAGCUAUUGUAUUUCAAGAAUCCAACACUCCGUUUACGCCUGACAUGAUAGCGUCACAUUUCCUACACGCGUAUAUCAUCGUUCAAGUGAUCGAGCCGAACACUCCCAACGUUAGGUAUAAAGUUAGCGUAACUGCUCGAGACGAUGUACCAUUCUUCGGACCGACGUUGCCUAAUCCAGCCGUGUUUAGGCAUGGUCCAGAAUUAAAACAGUUCCUCCUCACCAAGCUGGUUAACGCGGAAAACGCGUGUUAUAAAGCACACAAAUUUGCCAAGUUGGAGCUAAGAACUCGAACUUCGUUGUUGCACUCUUUAUGCGAGGAGCUGAAAGACAAGACUAAAGAUUUUUUGGGGUACAAUGGAGAUGGCAGUGGGAGCAGUACAAGUGGCUUGAACACUGAGCUGACGAAAUCGGCAGCUUCAUCGUCGUCAUCAUCGGAAUGCGGUAACGGUACCAUUUCGGGGGCCGGUAGCAGGUUCAUAGAUACGGUACGUAAAGCUCUUAUAGCAAGAGUCAAGACGCAAACGCUGACGAACGCCGAAGCAAAUAAUAACAUAUUGGGAGGUCUUUCCAAAAAGACCAGCAGUUGUUCAGCAGACGGAUCUAUACCUACUUUUGGCAGAACGUUGUCCAAAGGUAGUAAAAAGAGUUCACCUUCAUCACCCAUAUCCAGUCCUGACACUCAUCCGGUACACAGAACUUCCAGUGGAGCUAGCCGCGUAGCAAUGUCGGAAAGCGAUUCGUCGUCGCUUAACAGCGUCGAACUCGAUGGCUUAGGCAUGGCCGGUGCAGUAGACAGUGAUACCGGUUUGGAAAGCAUGUCCUCUGCUGAAACACCUAGCGGAAAACCUUGUAGUUUGUGCUGUGACGCGCAGAACAACGAUUCCCGGGUGGAAGGUCUCCGACAGGAUGUCACUAGGUUGAAGUGUGACAAGCUGGAGCUGUUAAGACAGAACGUGAGUUGUCAACACGAAAUAAAAAGGCUUCGAGAAAAAGAACUGGUACUGCAGUCGGAAUUGACGUCUGCGUCAAAAGAAAUUCUUAGGUUGAGGGAAUUGUUAAAAAAUUACACCACCAACCCCAAUGCAUCAACGAUUUAAAGAGUUCAUCAUUUGAGACUAAGGUAGAAUCAUUACUUGUUUACUCAUAUUGUUGAAAAACAAACCAUUGAUUGCAGUGGAUAUUACUUCGAAUACCUUUAGGCCACUGGCGAUUAACAAUAUUCCAUUUCAUAUAAUGAAGAUAAUAUAAUGCAACGCGAUACCAAAGUAUUACAUAUUACAUAAUUAUUAUUUACGAAACGAUGAGAAAAUUAAUCGUUAUUUAUUGUAAUUACCUACUAAAAUUAGUAUUAAUAAUGUAAAUUUAUUAUUAUCUAUUUCUAUUUUUUUAAUUAUACCAUCAUUGUUAAGAGCUAAUAAUAUUAUUAUGUAAAGCAUAUACCAAAGCAUUCUAAUAUUUGACGUUGUAACAAUUACGUAUUUGAUACUAAACAUUGCCUGAUAAUGAUUAUUUGUUUGUGUCCAUGCACAUAAUAGCAUAACUACCCAAUUUUAUGUUAAGUAAUUUAUUUAACUGGCUAACUGUUGACUAUAAAAUGUAUCCUAUAAAAAUUGUAAAUACUUUAAAAAACAUACUUUAUGUCAAAGGUUUUUUUAAGUGUUCAUAGGUGUAGAAAUCUAAGUAAAAUAGUAUUAUCAUUUUCAUGCUAGAGCUAAAAAAAAAUUGAAAUUGUAUUGAUUUAUUAAUCUUAAUUUUUAAUUAUACAGAAAUUACCACCAUUAUA